UUUUACUCCCAGCAGUAUUACAUGUAUACUUAUCAAAAUAAACAAAUUAUGUAUAAAAUAAGGUUAUAGAUUUCUAGAAUGGAUGAUAUUGUGAUCGGUAUUGAUCUGGGUACCACAACUUCGUGUAUUUCUGUUUAUGCAAAAGGCAGAAUACGAAUUCUAGAAAAUGAUAGAGGAGCAAGGGUUACACCAUCUUUCAUCUACUUUCCGCCUGAAGGUGGUACUGUCAUUGGUGAAUAUGCAAAAACAAUGUCACUGCAGAAACCCGAAAAUGGUAUUUACAAGAUGAAGCGACUUAUAGGCAGACAGUUUGAUGAUACAUACAUUCAAAAAACUCUCGAGUACUUUCCCUUUGUCAUAACUUCAGGGAUCUCUAACUUCCCAGUGAUUUAUGUUAAGCAGAAUAAUACAACAAUCCAGAAAACACCACAACAAUUGUGUACAAUAAUCCUCCAAGAAUUAAAAAAAUAUGCUGAAGCGAAGCUGAAUCAGAUUGUAAACAAAGUUGUCAUAACCGUUCCAGCUUAUUUCAACGUCACACAACGAGAAGUCACUUUAGCAGCAGCUAAAGAUGCCGGAUUUACUGUGCUCAAGCUUCUAAAUGAACCAACAGCAGCGGCUUUAGCUUACUACUUCGAUAAUGAUAUAACCGAAAACCAUAUUUCAUUAGUUUAUGAUUUGGGAGGCGGAACUUUCGAUGUUGCCAUUCUUCAGAAAAAAGCUGAUAACGUGGAAGUACUAUGCGUGGAUGGGGACUGUCAACUAGGAGGUCACGAUUUGGAUAAUUGCAUUUUAAACUAUAUUGUAGAGGUGUUACGCAAAGAUUACCGUUACAAUGCAAAAAUAGAUCCAGGUGCUAAAAGAAGAUUACGUAAUAAGUGCGAAGAAGCGAAGAAAGAUCUGUCAUCGGCUAAUAAAGCAUUGAUAACCAUAAACGGAAUGGUACCCAAACAUCCUAGAAUUAUUAUUACACUGACAAGGUCUGUCUUUGAAGAGAAAGCCAGCAAGUUAUUCAAAAAAACUAUUGACAUUUUACAUAACUGUUUAGUUGAAUCAAAAAUUUCCAAGCAAUCGAUUCAAGAGGUAAUCUUGUGUGGUGGUUCCACCCGAAUACCCAAAAUACAAAAAAUGAUUUCUGAUUAUUUUGGAGGUAAACAGUUAAAUAAUUCGAUACAUCCUGACGAAUGUGUAGCUGAAGGAGCAGCUUUGCAAGCUGCUAUGUUAUCAACUAGUAAAAAACAAGAUAUUGAACUACUGGAGAUGGUUGAUGUUGUUCCUCUCUCUUUAGGUUUUGGUAGGCUCGGACGUGAAAUGCUUGUUAUAAUUCGCAGAAAUACGAAGAUACCGGCUAAAGGAUCUCAAAUAUUUAUAAACAGGGACGAAAGUCAUACCUCAUUUUCUACUGGAAUAUAUGAAGGUGAGCGCACAGAUGUAAGGAAAAAUCGUUACUUGGGAAAAUUAUCCAUUGAUGGCUUAUUACCGGCACCUCCCGAGCAACUACGUGUCACUUUUACAUUGAACAUUGAUUCCAACGGGAUACUAACAGCUAAAGCGGAGGAAAGAUUGUCAAAUAUGGUUAAAGAAGUGAAAGUGAAUUAUACUAGAGGUGACAAGAGUGAGUUUGAAAUCAAAAACUCUUUACUAGCUGCAGUAGAAAAUCAGGAAACAGAUAAAAAGUUCACAAAAUUUGUUAGAAUUAAACAAUACUUGAUUCAGUAUUUAAUACGUUUCUUGUAUAACUUUGACAAACAGAAGUUGCACUAUAAAUCGAUUAAAAUAUUUUGCGAAAAAACAAGAUAUGACUUAUAUGACAUGGAAGUCGAGCAAGAAGAACGCGUAAAAAAUCUUUAUGAAGAAGUGAAAAAACACAACUUCUCUAACUUAACGCUCUAUUCGACGGCCAUCAUUGCUCUUUCUGCUGUGGCGCAUGCUCUGCACUGGUGCGCCCACACCUAUGCAACUACCUACACCACACUACUCUCCCCUUAA